GGUCCCUUGUUUUUCGACUGCUCCUCUCCGGCUGCUGCUGCUGGGCCUAACAUAAGUCUUAGGGCCCAUAAGACUGUGUUUGAAAGUAGAACGAGGUAAAGUAAAUGUCAGAUAACCCAUUCUCUCGCAUUCUUUUUUAGUCAAAUAGAUACUCUUUGAAGUACUUGGAUUAAUGUCAGAUAAAUCUUCUGAAAAGCUACUACACAAUUUUUUUUUAUUGUCGUCCAAACCCAUUUAUCCCAGUUCAUCCGCGUUGGGGUGAAGUAAUUUAUUCUGAAAUAAAGAAAUAAAACUAAAUUAAUUUAUUUAGUAUGGAUUAAUUUAUUUCAUUUUUAAACAUGACUAUAAUAAAUAUACAUCGAAAAAGCCACCUAUAAACUCUCCGUAGGAACUAACCCUUUUAUUUCUCUCUCCUCGUUAUCUUGGGAAACCGCCGCUUCUUCCUUUUCUGUUUCAAGAACUGCUUUCUCUUUCUCUUUCCACUUCUUUGGUGAAACAGCCCUCUGCUUAAAGCGGUUUUCUCGAUACCUAGGCUAUCUUCCGGCGAUUUCCAUGGCCCGUGGCGGCGGUGCCGCGCCCGUGCCCGACGACCUCCGGUGCCGGCGGUCCGACGGUCGGCAAUGGCGUUGCCCGAGGCGCGCCAUGGCCGGGGUCAGCUUCUGCGAGCACCACUACCACCUGGCCCGCCGCAACCAGGCCAAGCACAAGGGGUUGCUCGACUCCCCCCCCACGCCCCGCAGGAAACCCGACCGGCACCCUCGCUCCCGGCCGGAGCCGGCCAACCCGCCGCCGAGGAAGCGGCGGAGGAAGGGGGACCUGCCGACGGAGGAGCUGAUCGCCGCGGCGCUGAGGCGGCAGAUGGAGAGGAGGGAGGAGAGGGAGAAGAAGGGGGAAGAGGCCGAGGGGCGGACGGAGGUGACGAGGGACCUCCCCAAUGGGGUGAUGACCAUCUCCCUGACUUCGGCGAGGGUUUCCGGCAAUGCCGGCCCGCCUUUGGACCGGAAGCUAGGGUUUGAUCAAGGUCCGUUCUUGAGGCGGUGCAUCCGGUCCAAGAACGUGGAGCCGCUCCCCGUGGGACCGCUGAAGAAAUUUCCUAGUGGUAAGGGUUUGGGGAGGGGACGAAAGAGGAUUUGCCAUAGAUGCGGGGAGCGUAAGGCGGUUCGUAUGGUCCGGUGUUCGAGUUGCCUGAAGGAGUCCUUCUGCUCGAGCUGCAUCAAGAAAUGGUACUCUGAGAUGUCUGAGGUGGAAGUAAAGGUAUCUUGUCCUAUUUGUCGUGGCUAUUGUGAUUGCGAAACAUGUGGAGCUAAAGCUGGUGGGUGUAAGAAAUUUUCAACUGGUCAAACUAACUUCAUCCAACUUAAAUAUGCCUACUACUUAAUUGAUCAGCUGCUCCCCGUACCGAAGCAGAUCAACCAAGAACAGAUAACUGAACUGGAAAUAGAGGCAAACAACCAAGGAAGAAGAUUAUCAGGUGUUCAGAUUCAGUUGGCAGAACGUGGCCCUGAUGAGCUACUUAAAUGCAAUAUCUGCAAGAACUCAAUCGUUGACUUUCUUAGAAGCUGCUCCCAGUGUCCUUAUAAACUUUGCUUAAGUUGUUGUCAAGAGAUACGUGGGGCAAGCCUACCUAAAAAAGUUGCAGUCAACACCUUUAAAUAUCGCAAUAAGAGGAAAGCCUACAAGCAUGCUGGCAAGGCACUUAAUGGAUUGAAGCGAAAACUCUCCAUUAGAAUGCCUCCUGAUAUCUCAUCUUUGUCAACUAAAUUAUUAUUACCCGAAUGGAAAUCUGAAAAUAAUGAGGGCAAUAUUUCUUGUCCAUCCAAGGAACUUGGUGGCUGCGGUGAUGGUCUUAUGAAUUUGGUCUUCAUGUUGCCAUUCAAUUGGUCUGAGGAACUGGAUAUAAGUGCAGAACAAAUUGCCCCUGGUUAUAAGUAUCCUGAGAGGUUUCCUCUCACUGUUCUCGCAUUAAAAUGAAUGACAAACUUCGGCAAUUUAAUAUAAGUCUGCAAGAAGCCUUGGCCACAUAGGUUUCAGUGAUGAUUAUGUCACACAAAUUGCAUGAAGAUCUCAAAAACCCUAGCACUGGAAUAAAGGAUGUUCCUGGUGUUCUUCCAAGUACAGCUAACAUGAACUGCCCAAGUUCCAUAGUUUUCUUGAAAAUCAGUUCCAACAAUUCUAGCAAAAGCUGCUGAUUGCUAAGAUUGGUUGAGGAUUGGAGGUAAAUCUGGGGGAAAUAGCUGUGACAAGAGAAGUUUUUCAUCCGUGCCCCAUGCUUCACGGAUAUUUUAUUCCCUUUGUUGCUUACAGGCGAUUUUAAUUUAUCACUUCACAUGUACUCUUUCAUCUGCGCCCCUAUGGGCAGAAUAUUUAUGGGUGGAAUAUAAUCUUGGCGACUAAGAAUUUUCAAAGCUGCAAGUGGUUGUAUCA